AUGCGCGCUCCCGAUAAUAAACCUCUGACGCCUUCAUCCGGGAACUACUACGAACUCGCUCUCCAACAUGGCGGCGUCAGCUAAGAAGAAGAAUAAGAAGGGGAAGACCCUUACUUUGACCGACUUUCUGGCAGAGGACAGUGGAGGUAGCGGUGUGGCCCCCAGUUACCCUACUAAGUCUACAAGCUGGGCAGAUGAGACCGAUGACCUGGAUGGAGAUGUCUCAACUUCAUGGCACACAGAGGAAGAUACGUACCGGGCACCACCAAUCGACCGUUCUAUCCUGCCUACAGCACCGCGAUCUGCACGAGAACCUAAUAUUGACCGGUCCCGGCUGCCCCGUAGCCCGCCUUACACGGCCUUCCUGGGCAAUCUACCUUAUGAUGUCACUGAGGACUCGAUCAAAGACUUUUUCCGCGGCUUGGCAAUCAGUGCAGUGCGUCUGCCUCGAGAGCCCAGUAACCCAGAGAGGCUGAAGGGCUUUGGCUAUGCUGAAUUUGACGAUGUGGAAUCCCUGCUGAGGGCUCUUAGUCUCAAUGAGGAGAACUUGGGAAACAGGAGGAUCCGUGUGGAUAUUGCAGACCAGUCUAAUGAUAAAGAGAGAGACAAUGGACCUAUGGGCGGUCGAGACCGGGGUGGUCGGAUGGCAGACAUGGGUCCUGAUAAGACAGACAGCGACUGGAGGGCUCGGCCCAGUGCAGACGCAGAUGAUGGCCCCCCCAGAAGAGAUGAUGCCUUUGGAGAGAGAUCACGAGAUCGUUAUGAGUCAGAUCGUUACAGAGAUGGACCACGGCGAGACAAUGAUCGCUACGAUAGUGGAAGAGACCGCUAUCGGGAUCGCUACGACGACAGGGAUCGCAGGGAUCGUUAUGAUGACAGGGAUCGCAGAGAUUAUGAUAGAGGAGGUUAUGACUCUCGUGGUGGUGGAGGAGGUCGUCGUGCCUUUGGCAGUGGCUUCCGACGUGAUUAUGAUGACAGUCGGGGUAGCAAUGAUCGCUAUGGCGACCGAGAUCGUUAUGGAGACCGUGAUGACCGGUACGAGAGACGGGAUGACAGGCGUGAGGAAAGAGCUCCUCAGCAGAGACCCAAACUCAACCUGAAGCCUCGUAGCGUGCCCAAGGACGAGGAGGGUGGUGGUGGUGGCGGUGGUGGCGGCGGCGGCGGCGGUGGCGGUGGUACUUCUCCUGGAGUUGCUCCGGCUUCCAGCAGCAGGGCCUCGUCUAUCUUUGGUGGUGCCAAGCCAGUUGACACAGCAGCCAAGGAGAGGGAGGUAGAAGAGAGGCUGAAGAAAGAGGAAGAGAGGCUGCAGAGGCAGCUGGAGGAGGACAAAGGUCGAGGCUCUGACAGGAAGAUGCGAGACAGAGACCCGAGCUGGCGCACUGAAGAGUCUCAUACUGAGCGAUCUCGUACAGGAAGUGAGUCUUCACAGCAAGGAAGCACUUCUGGAAGAGGGUCACGGUGUAGAGAUAGUGAACGGUCUGGGGAGAACGAGGUUUUCGGUGGAAAAGAAGGUGAGCCUGUUUCCCCUGGGGCCUCCUCACAUCCCCCAUCUACCAGCUCCUCCAAGGAGCCACUUAAGGUGAUGCCUGCUCCUCCUCCUAAGGAGAAUGCAUGGGCCAAGAGAAGUGCAGCCAGCACAGGUUCCAGUGAGGGUGAUGGGCGUCAACCAGUCUCUCCAGUUUCCCCCAGUGGUUCAGCUCCAUCUAAGCUCAGCUCAAGCCCUGCUGAUGAAAAAGGAUCGGGAAAAGAUGAGAACAAGGCUGACGGUGUGCGUCGGGACCGGGGGCCCCCACGUGCACGAGGGGGGCCUGCAGGGCCUGGAGCAGGGCGGGGCAGAGGAGAAGGGCCCAACAGAGACCGAAGAAAGGAGGCAGACAGAAAGGACAACAGACGAGACCGAGACUCCCGACCACCACCAGAGCCAAAGAAAUACGAAGAAACCCCAACUCCUAAGUUCAGCUCAGCCAGUAAAUACGCCGCUUUGCUAAUGGAUGGAGACCAAGGAGACGACGGUGAGGACGUCGAAUAGAACGAAAUUAAAUGAGGCUGAAGAGUGCAAGAAGAGGAGAUGAACGACAAACGCAGAAAAAUUAAUCACAUAGCUUAUGAAAAAUCUCCUCACACAGGAAAAGGCUCCUGGGAGGACAUCACUCCCUCCCUCCUUUCCUCCAUCAAACCUGUCCUUUACAUUCAAAGCACCCACCACCCCCCCGCCCCACCUUGAGGACUUUUCAGGUUCUAAAGAAUAGUCACAUACUCGACUUGUUUUAAAUGGAAAAAAGGAGUAGAUGACACUCAUGGAAAUUAUGAUGGAUAAAAUUGAAUUAAUUGUAAUAAAUAAAUGGAAAAAGUGGGGAAAAAAUUGAAUUUGUAUAUUUGUGGAUCACAGAUGUGUUCAGGAUGAGGCUUACGACAACAUGUAGCAUACUGAAUGUUUUUUAUUAUUUCUAUUUUUGACCUGUUGACUUAUUGGACUUUAGACAAAUUUUAGUUAAAAGGCAUAAAAGCUAUUCAUUACCUUUUUAUUCAAUAGGAAAUUUCAUAUUAAAAAAUUCUUUGAAAUCAAUCUUAGAAAAUGUUAGUCAAGAAUCCUGUCUUCCAAUACUAACAAUCAUGAAUGUUAAUACUGGCUACUAAUUUAAAACUAUUUGUCAGUCAUUUAUGCUUCCUUCAAGAAGUCUUUUUGUUUUUAAUUCAGCUGCUUUCACAGUGUUACACAAGAGGACUAUGUAGAGCAUGAAGGAUUCAAGAUUGCAGGAUUGACUGUUCGCAGAGACUGAGGGAAAAGCUGCCGUCGCAAUGAGAAUCAAUCAAGUGCCAUUACUAUUACCCCUAAUCGUUGUACAAAUGUCUCUUUCUACAAUUUCUGAUGAAAUAAUCGCUUCGAUUAAAGGCUCAUAUGGUCUGCUUUCUAGCCGUCGUAGGAUUCUGCACAGCUGUCUAAAUCAUUUACUCUUCCUAAAGUGAGGAAUACAAAUAUUUGGGGAAAGUCUGGAAUUGCCUAUGGUAGGGUUUGAGGAUUUCCAUGAAGAUUAAGUGAACAUGUCUUCCAAUUUUCAAUAAAUUGGGGUCAUUAUGUACA